AUGUCUCAAGAGCUGGAAGUUACCUUGAGAAUCGAUUACUACUGUGACUGCGUGACCCAGGGUGACUUCAAGGCGAAGCUGGACACUUAUGGUUGGAAACUCCGUGCUUUCGAUGUCGAUUCGUGGUCUUCACUUGAAUGGUCUAGUUCUGAUAGCGGCAGCUUCAAGAACCCUCACAAGGUAUCUCCCCUAUCUCUCGAGAACUUGUCUACACCUUCACCACUGACCAGAUAUCAAAGCUCUUCGUGCUACGGCGCGAUCCAAGCGAUUCAAGCCAUCGAAGCCAUCCAAAACCAACAUGUCGACUCGCCUUUCCUUCCUCGACCUUCCCGGUGA